AUGGAAAAAACAGAAGAACAAAACUUAACAGAUAUCACGGAAUUCCACUUGGUAGGAUUUAUAGGACUUGGAGAUCUGCAGAUUCCUGUCUUUUGCCUUUUCUUAGUUAUCUACCUUGUUACCAUGGUUGGGAACAUCUUCAUCAUUUUGCUGGUUGCUACUGAUCCCCACCUUCACACCCCCAUGUAUUUCUUCUUGGGUAAUCUGUCUUGCCUGGAGACCUGCUACAGUUUGAACAUCCUUCCAGUGAUGCUGGUUAAUCUCUUCUAUGGUGGGCAGGGAACAAUUUCUGUAACUGGUUGCAUGAUACAAUAUUACUUUUUUGGUCUUUUGGCAGCUUCCGAAUGUUUUCUCCUAGUGGCAAUGUCCUAUGAUAGGCAUGUAGCAAUAUGUAAACCACUCCAGUAGACAAUGCUAAUGAACAAUAGAGUUUCCUUCCAGGUUAUAGCUGGAUCAUGGAUCCAUAGUUUAUUUGUUAUGAUCAUAGUUUUAUAUCUAAUGCAUCGAAUAAAGUUCUGCGGCCCCAGUGAAAUUAAUCAUUUCUUUUGUGAUUUAAAUCCAAUAUUAAAGCUAGCAUGUAUUGACACUUACUUGUUUGAACUUGUAACUAUUUCGAUAUCUGUUCUGUUAACUGUGCCUCCUUUCUUCUUGACUUUGGCAUCUUACAUUUUUAUUAUUUCUAACAUUAUGAGAAUGUCAUCUGUCAGUGGGAGGAAAAAGGCUUUCUCAACUUGCUCCUCACACAUCAUGGUGGUGUCCAUUUUCUAUGGCACAAUGAUAAUUGUCUACGUGUUGCCCAAAACAGAUGGACUGCAAGAAACCAACAAAAUCUUGUCUCUGUUUUAUACAAUCCUGACCCCUUUGUUCAAUCCCCUGAUAUACAGCCUAAGAAAUAAAGAGGUAAAAGAGGCGCUUAGAAAAGCAGUUGCUAAA